GUUGCUUUCCGAGUCAACACUUGACGCAAUAUGAAGCAGGAAAGCAAGGCAUGGCAGUCCAGUCCAGCUGCCCCUCCAGGAUGUCGCGAAAUGCGAGCGGGAGUCCGGACUUCUUACGGAAUUUGUUCAUCUGUUCCAUACAUCGAACCCAACCUUGACCGGGAAUCGUGAAUGAGAAAUCCAUGCCGAGAGGAAGCUACCCUUAAGGCUCGCCACUCGCCAGAUACCCAGAUCCGAUUUCGAGGAAGCGACGAUUGAAAACGGACGAAAGCUUUCAAUUCUCGGAUUCUUGUGCGACUUUGUUUGCCAUCAUGUCGCUCCCAAUGUUACGUCCGAUGCCUGUUCAGAGGCAGGUCAGUUUUACUACAACACAGGAACGGGAGUAUUUCAAGUAUCUACCACCAUAUUGUCUGCGUGCCCCCUUCAGUCAGCAAGCCCAGCGCGAAUGUCACAUUGCACGAUCCUGCCCCGAUACCGUUCUUACAGCAUUUGCCCAGCUUGGCACAUUGAGGCUAAAUGCUCAAUGGGCAUUCAUAUCUCUCUUUGGUCGAAAUAACCAGCAGAUCCUUGCGGAAGCUACCAGGACGUUGAGCUUACAGGAUGACGAAGAUCACGAAGAGCACGACGGACUAUGGUUGGGGUGUUGUGAAAUUUCUUAUUGCCGUAGCUUCUGCAAGCAUGUCAUGGAGCGACCCAGAUUUGCCCAGUGUGCGGAUGAUAUUGUGUUGAUGGUCCCGGAUAUGAACGAGGACGAGCGCUUUAAAAACUCACCUGAUGUCACCGGUUCUCCUUAUGCACGAUUUCUAGCGAGCGUUCCUAUAAUUUGUUCAAAGGGCAGAGUGAUUGGAGCCUACACCAUAGUGGAUAACAGACCCCACCCUCCGCUCGACAAGAAAUCCUUCAAAUUUCUACGAGACAUGGCAGCGACUGUCAUGAAACACUUGGACAUGACGAGAUCCAAAUCCCAACAUCUUCGAGGCGAGCGCAUGGUUGUCGGAUUGGGGAGCUUCCUUGAAGGAAAGGCUAGCCUUCGUAACUCUUGGGUUGAAGCUAGUGGACAAAACGGGGUUCGAGAUGAGGACGACGAACCCCCCGAGGGACAUCUCAACCAACAGCAGCAGGAAAAACAGAUUUCAGGUGAUAAUAAUCGGCCUUUUGGAGGCACAGGCGCUUCAAAGCAGCUUCCAGUUCGUUCGAAAAGUGUCCAUCUCGGCGGCCUGAAAGCCCAUCUCCCCAAUGAGCAGCAGAAGCAGCCGACAAACUUAGAGGUUGGCCAGAACUCUAGUAAGGGGCAGUUAAAACACUCAUCAUCAGAACCAACGCUGCCUGUCGAAGAAGGGCAAUCGGAAGAAAACCCGCAAAAUAACACCCCCCCCAAAAGGGAGGCACAGGUAUUCUCACGAGCUGCCAAUAUUGUGCGGGAGUCAAUGGAAGUUGAAGGCGUUGCCUUUUUCAAAGCCAACUUCAGAACCAACAGUACAAAGUCCGAUUCUGAUACUAGCUGCUCUGAAAGCUCCAAGAAGAGCGAUGGCAAGCCUCGAAGCUCAAGCAGGUCAUCGCGUGCAUCGAACAGUGGGAUUCCCGAACCGGAAGACGAGUCAGAUCCAUGCAACAUUCUUGGGUUUGCGACUACAGAUUCAUCCAGUAUCAACCAUGAAGAGACAGGAGAUAAGAGAAUUGAAAUGUCAGAGUCAUUCCUGAAUGGUCUUUUGCGCCGAUAUCCCCGAGGAAAGAUUUUCAACUUUUCUGAGGAGGGGUCAGUUUCGUCUAAUGAUUCUACUGAUGGCAUGUACAAGAAUUUCCAGGACCUUAGUGGUCGCAUCAGAACCAAUGAAAAGAACGAAAAGCGAGCUAGGAAAUAUAAGAAAACACGGAGAGUGGCAUUAAGACAGGAUGCCGCUGCCCUGCUUCGAUUGGCCCCAGGUUCCCGAAGCAUUAUUUUUUCACCACUCUGGGAUUCACAUAAACAAAGAUGGUACUCGGGUUGUGUUGCCUGGACAAGGACACCGCAUCGGGUUUUUUCUUCAGACGAUGAACUUGCAUUUAUGUUUACAUUUGCACACAGUAUCAUGGCGGAAAUACACCGACUGGGCGCCGAGUCCGCUGAGCGGGCAAAAUCGGAUUUGCUCUCAAGCUUGAGCCAUGAAUUAAGGUCGCCAUUACAUGGGGUGUUCGGAACCGCAGAGCUUUUGGCAGAUACUUCCAUGAAUGCUGUCCAGGUUGGAAUGGUUCAUACGAUCGAGUCUUGCGCCAGCACAUUACUGGAUACUAUCGAUCAUCUGCUUGAGUACGCCAGUAUUAACAACCUCCGGAAAAACCCUGAAAAGCACCCUGCAGGCCGUGAUGGUUCCAAGGAGAACCUGCAAAAUACCUCGAGCGAUCUGAACUGUUUUACGGAACUCGACGCCACCUUGGAACAGGUUGUGGAAAGUGUUUUUGCCGGUUUCAACUUUCUGAAUGGCUCGGGAUCACCCUUUCGCAAACCAGUAACACCCGGAGGCAUGUUUUCGGCGAAGCCUACGCAAAUUGACCCUUCAGGGCCCAGUGUGAGGGUUAUUUUAGAUGUGAACCGUGCCGCAAACUGGAGAUUCAUGACUCAACCGGGCGCCUGGAGGCUCAUCUUGAUGGACAUCCUUGGAAAUGCUCUCAAGUUUACAAAGACCGGGUUUGUUUACGUUUCCCUUGAUGCGUCCCCAGACAAAGUGCUUGGAAGUGGCGAGGGCGAGGAAACUCGGUCGCAGGUCACGCUCAACGUGAAAGACACAGGACAUGGGAUUGGCGAGGAUUUCUUGAAGAAUGACUUGUUCAGUGCCUUUGCGCAAGAAAACUCCCUAUCUAGCGGAAAUGGACUAGGCCUUCAUGUUACCCAGCGAACCAUAAAAUCCCUCGGUGGUGAUAUCCAGGUCAGGUCUUGGAAAGAUUCUGGUACGGAAGUGAGUAUGAGAAUAACCCUUCAGCAUCCUCCCGAUUUUGGUCCGUCCGAUACUCCAGACACAUCAGUUAUCACGACUGUAAAGGAAAUGGUGCGUGGGAAGUCGAUUGGGAUUUUGGGGUUGGAAGCUUCCGAGCAGGACAGAAUGCUUCGGUUAUCAUUGGAGAAACUGUGCGGAGAUUGGUUUGAUAUGAAUGUACACACAGUUCAUUCAUUGCAGACUGCAUUCGAUCGCUGUGACUAUUAUCUUGCGACACAAGAAUAUUUGCAUAGCGGGGAUUCUAAGGUCAGGGCGAUUUCUCCCGGUCCAAACGAACGUUUUCCCUCACCAGUCAUUGUCUUUUGCUCAUCCCCGGAAACCGCACAUGCGAUGUUUUCGGCGGCGCGGGAAAGGGGCGAUGAAGACGUCAUUGAAUUCAUUGGCCAGCCAUGCGGGCCACGAAAGCUUGCAAAGACACUCAAAAUGUGUAUUGACCGUCAAGAACGUCGGCGUACGCGGGCGGAUGGACAAGGGGGAGAAAUUACUGUUCAGCCAGCUGACAGGGCUGGAGUGCCGUUGACCCCUGGUACAACGCAAAGUAUAAAGUCUGGUGAACAGCCCAGGGUGGUGGUGACGGAGCACGCAGUCGAUAGUGAGAAACCAGAACCGCCAGUUGAGGAGUCACGGCCUGAUCAGACGGGCCCUGCCACAGCUGAUUCGAACCGAGAAGAAAUUCAACCUAGUCAAGAUGAAAGCAAAUUUCCAUCCAAUGAUUCAGCAUCUGCGGUUUUAAUUGUGGAUGACAAUGAAAUCAACACCAGAAUCCUUGUCGCAUACAUAAAGAAACUUGGACGUGAUUAUGUAGUUGCGCAGAACGGCCUGGAGGCUUUUGAAGCCUUUAAAGCAGAACCAGCCCGGUUUGGCGUAAUCCUGAUGGAUAUUUCCAUGCCAGUCAUGGAUGGGAUUGAAGCAACGCAGCACAUUCGUGGUCUUGAAGAACAGCAUGGUCACAAAACUAGAUCUGUGACUAUCGCUGCCUUGACUGGUCUUGGACAGGAAGAAGUACAACAGGAUGCCAUGGCAUCCGGCAUGAAUUUGUUCCUGACCAAGCCCGUAAAAUUAAAAACGCUGGUGCCAAUUGUACAGGGCGAGGAGGAAAAGUCUGCGGAACAGCCAUCGUAGAUGAAUUCAGAAGUAAUUCUAAAGGAGUCAUGGAUAUGGUUGCCUGGCUAUUUCGCUGGCGAAUAAGCCACUACCAUUAUACGCAUAAAAUCACAGGCAUGGAACGUGAAGGGAAAGUAUCAUCUUACGUCAAUCUAAGCUUUAGGUAUAUAUAGGACAUCUUGAAAAUACCCGAAUAUAUCUUUCACAAUAUUAGCUGAAGACAUAGGGAGUUUAGAAACUAUGCAUACGGGAAUGCUAAAG